AUGCCCGACUUACUGGCGGAGAAGGCGGAGGCCGCGUGGCGCUUCGUCCGCGCCUCCAUCGUGCUGGGGGAGAGUUCGGCGCGCUUCUACGCCGACGCGACGUGGAGCCGCGUGGUGACAGGGGGGGACGAGGGGCCCGGGGGGCCCGGGGCGCACGGGGGGGACACGUCUCCCGCUCGAGUUCUCGGGGCCCUGCUGGGUGACGUCACGUCACGUGACGCGCUCACCCGCCAAUCGCGGCCGGGCGACGCCGACCACGCAGCCGCAGGUUCAAAUCCAACCGCCGCCGGUGCCACGUUCACGAGCGGGGGGAGGCUGACGGAGGUGGGUGUGUUUGUGAGGGAGGUGGAGAGGCACACGCUGGAUGGCCUCGGGCUGUGCACUUCACUCAAGCCCAGCAUUCAAGAUUUGGCUCCCGCACUGGACCUCAGGAACUGCAUCAUGAGUCCCAAGAAAUGCCACGAGGUGCAGACGAUGGCGGGGGCCGUGGCGAGCCUCGCCCAGAGCUGCGGACUCCACCAGGUGGUGGAACUGGGCUCGGGCAAGUCGUACCUGGGCUCGGAGCUGGCCUGGCGCUACUCGUUCCGCGUCGCCGGCCUGGACUCGAGUCCCACGGUGACGCGGGGAGCCGAGCGGCGGGAGGGGAGGCUGCUGGACAGACGGCGCGGAAGGGGAGGGGGCGGAGGCCGGGCGGCGGGGAGGCCGGGCGAGACGUCGGCCGUCCCGCAGAGUGCACGCCCUGGCGAGGCGGGAGGUCACGCGACGGUGAACGCUCACGUGACCCCCGGCACCGACCUCCAGGUGGUGCUGGCCGACUCCGGGGUGUGCGUGAGUGAGGGCGUGCUGCUGGCCGGCCUGCACGCGUGUGGCGACCUCUCCUCCACCGCGGUUCGUCUCUUCUGCUCCUCCCCGCAUGCCCGCGCCCUCUGCCUCGUCAGCUGCUGCUACCACCGCCUCACAGAGCAAGGAGACGCGGGUGAGAAUCUGUCCUCCUUGCCAGGAUUUCCUAUGAGCCAGAAGCUGUCCUCAAUGCAGUGCAUGCUGGGAAGGAAUGCCCGCAUGACGGCAUGUUUGUCUCGGGAACGAGCGAGGCAUGGCAAAGGGCUCCCUACAGAUUCGCUGUUUUUCUGGGCCGUGCUGCAAGUACUCAUCCGAGACCAUUACGACUCCGGCUCCAGCGACGAGCACGUGGGAAAGGUGUUCUCGAAGAGCCGGAGCUUUGUCGAUUACUGCCGAAGAGUCCUGGAGAAGAUGGGGCUUGAUCACGCCAAGCUCACAGAUUCUGAAAUCCAGAGCUACCAUGACCGUUACAUCGACAGAAAGGUCGAACUUGAAGCUUUCAAUCAGAUGAAAGCCGCCCUCGCUCCCUGUGUGGAAGCUCUCAUUUUAACGGAUCGCUUGUGCUAUCUACAAGAACAGGGGGUUGCCCACGCGGGCAUCGUGCGGCUGUUCCACCCCUUGGUGUCCCCCCGGUGCUUCGCUCUCGUCGCAAGCAAGACGGCCCAACCCGACAUCCUCGCCUCCUCGUCGCCCUGAGACAACAUCAUCAUCACCACCCUGCCAUCAUCGCCCUCGUCACCACCAUCAUCACCAACAUCAUCAUCACUACCACCAUCAUCACUACCACCAUGGUCAACACUGUCAUCACCAUCAUCACCAACAUCACAUCAUCAUUACCAACAUCAUCACCACCACCAUCAUCACCAACAUCAUCACCACCAUCAUCACCACCAUCAUCACCACCACCAUCACCACCAUCAAUCACUACCACCAUGGUCACCACCAUCAUCACCAUCAUCACCAACAUCAUCAUCACUACCACCAUCAUCACUACCACCAUCAUCACUACCACCAUCAUCACUACCACCAUCAUCACUACCACCAUCAUCACUACCACCAUCAUCACUACCACCAUCAUCACUACCACCAUCAUCACUACCACCAUCAUCACUACCACCAUCAUCACAACCACCAUCAUCACUACCACCAUCAUCACUACCACCAUCAUCACUACCACCAUCAUCACAACCACCAUCAUCACUACCACCAUCAUCACUACCACCAUCAUCACUACCACCAUCAUCACUACCACCAUCAUCACUACCACCAUCAUCAACUACCACCAUCAUCACUACCACCAUCAUCACUACCACCAUAGUCAACACUGUCAUCACCAUCAUCACCAACACCAUCAUCACUACCACCAUCAUCACUACCACCAUCAUCACUACCACCAUCAUCACUACCACCAUCAUCACUACCACCAUCAUCACUACCACCAUCAUCACUACCACCAUCAUCACUACCACCAUCAUCACUACCACCAUAGUCAACACUGUCAUCACCAUCAUCACCAACACCAUCAUCACUACCACCAUCAUCACUACCACCAUCAUCACUACCACCAUGGUCACCACCGUCAUCACCAUCUUCACUAUCACGGGCACCUCCACGAAGCGUCUCACUGCUGCCACUCACUGUGACGAUCGAGGGGGACCCCCCCCCCCCACCCCCGACGCUGGCAGAUGGCCCUGUGGGGCACAAGGACAGCUUUCAAAAUCACUCGUUCACUCGCCUACCAGCUCACUCACCCACUCACCCGUUCACUCACCCAUUCACCCACCCAUUCACUCGCCUACCAGCUCACUCACUCACCCACCCACCCACUCACUCACCCACCUACUCACUCGCCUACUUGCUCACUCACUCACCCACUCACUCACUCACCCACCCACUCACUCACCCACCCACCCACUCACCCAUUCACUCGCCUACCAGCUCACUCACCCACUCACCCAUUCACUCGCCUACUCACUCACUCACCCACCCACCCACUCACCCGUCCAAGUCACUCACCUACUCGCUCACCCAUCUAGCCACUCAUCUACUCACCCACCUACUCACCCACCUACUCACUCACAUACCCACCCAACUACUCACCCAACUACUCACCCACUCACCCACCCAUUCACUCACCUACUUGCUCACCCACCCAUCUACUCACCCACCCACCCACUCACCCAUCCAAUUCACUCACCUACUCGCUCACCCAUCUAGCCACUCAUCUACUCACCCACCUACUCACUCAUAUACCCACCCAACUACUCACCCACUUUCCCACCCACCCAUUCACUCACCUCCUUGCUCACCCACCCAUCCACUCACCCACCCACUCACCCAUCCAAUUCACUCACCUACUCGCUCACCCAUCUAGUCACUCAUCUACUCACUGGCCCACCUACUCACUCACAUACCCACCCAACUACUCACCCACUCUCCCACCCACCCAUUCACUCACCUCCUUGCUCACCCACCCAUCCACUCACCCACUCAUCCACUCACCCACCCACUCACCUACCCACUCACCCAUCCAAUUCACUCACCUACUCGCUCACCCAUCUAGUCACUCAUCUACUCACUGGCCCACCUACUCACUCACAUACCCACCCAACUACUCACCCACUCUCCCACCCACCCAGUCACUCACCUACUCGCUCAUCCACACACUCACCCACCCACUCACUCACCCACUCACUCACCUACCCAACCACCCACCUAAUUGCUCGCCUACCCACCCACCUAAUACCCACCCACUCACCUACCCACUCACCUGUUUCCCCAUCCACUCACCCACCCACUCACUCACCCACCUACUCACCCACCUACUCACCCACCCACCUACUCACCUACCCACUCACCCGACACUGAGAACAAUAGUUAUGAAGUUAUCUCCGUGUCUACGUUACAGUUCUGUGUAGAAUUCUUUUUUUGUAAUUUUAAACUACUGCUUAAAGAAUAAAUAUAAUAUUAAUCUAUUUUUAACCUACUUUGUUUUCCUUUUGUGCUGGAAAUCUCAGAGUGCAUCUGUGUCCGCCACCCCAUCCCGCCCACCACCCCUACAACUGUCC